GCCGUGGGGCCAGCACCAGCGGGGCCCGGCCCUGGGACACCGACCAGGCUCCUUCCCUUGAGGAUCUGGGAUUUGACUGUGCUCCAUCACCUCCAGCAAUGCAAGCAGGUGAAUCAUCCCCUCAGACAGGCACCAUGACCGAGUGCUUUGAUUGUGACAACUGCAAGGAGUCCCUGUACGGGCGCAAGUACAUCCAGAUGGACAACGGCCCCUACUGCAUCCCCUGCUACGAUGCCCACUUUGCCAACACCUGUGAGGAGUGCAAGGAGCUGAUCGGCCACGACUGCAGAGAGCUGUACUACGAGGAUCGGCAUUACCACGAGCAUUGCUUCCGCUGCUUCCGCUGCGACCGCUCGCUGGCUGACGAGCCCUUCACCUGCCAGGGCAAGGAGCUGCUCUGCAACGACUGCUACUGCAGUGAGUUCUCCUCCAAGUGCAUUGCCUGCGAGAAGACAGUCAUGCCAGGGUCCCGUAAGCUGGAGUACAAUGGGCAGACCUGGCAUGAGCAUUGCUUCAUCUGCAGCAGCUGCCAGCAGCCCAUCGGGUCACGAUCCUUCAUCCCAGACCAGAAGGAUUAUUACUGUGUGCCCUGUUACGAGAGCAAGUUCGCUCCUCGCUGCACUCGUUGCAAAAAGACCCUGACCAAGGGAGGGGUGACUUACCGGGACGAGCCGUGGCACAAGGAGUGUUUUGUCUGCACGGGCUGCAAGACCCCCCUGGCUGGCCAGCAGUUCACCUCCCAGGAUGACAACCCCUACUGCAUCAAGUGCUUUGGGAACCUCUAUGCCAAGAAGUGCAGUGCCUGCACAAAGCCCAUCACAGGCUUUGGUGGUGGCAAAUAUGUCUCCUUUGAGGACCGUCACUGGCACCAUAAUUGCUUUAACUGUGCCCGCUGCAACACCUCCCUGGUUGGGAAAGGUUUCAUCCCUGACAACGAUGAGAUCCUGUGCCGUGACUGCACUGGUGACCUAUGAGCCCCCCGAGGAUGCCGUGAGGCAGGGGCUCCCUCUAUCCUUCAGGGGCUUUGUGCCAGACACCCCGAGAGCAUUUCAGGGGCAGAGCACAAGGCACAGGAGAUGGGGGCUGCCCCCAAACCAUGGUGUGUUCAGGGGGUUCCUGUGCCCCUCCCUGAAGGCUAGAGUAUGCUGUGCUGUGGCUCUGGGCAGAGUCAAAGCUAAAUAAAGUUGAAAAAGGAGCUUCAAGAUCCCCCCCCCCCAAUUAUUUACUCUUUCUUUUUGCUUCCUGUCUGGCCAGGCACGAGCUGAGCCCAAGGCCCCAGCUGAGCAAAAGGCAGCAGCAGCAACUUCAGUGUUGGGCUGCUGGAUCUGCAUGCUGGCAGCAUCUAUCUGCUUCCUGGCACAGUGCUGACUUUUUCUGACUUCCCCAUGUGCUUCUCUUGCUCUGUGUGACAUGAGGCAGCAGUUCCUGGUCCGUGUGGUUCAGCCAUGCUGGCUUUGUGGCACAGCCAUGUCUGUGCAUGCAGCUGGGCAUGAAGGGCUCUCUGCCCCAUUUGGGAACAGCAGGCUGGAGCAUGUGUCCUCCUAGAUGGGAUCCACCUCUGGUUCUCUGUAGCCACCUCACCGUUUGUGGGCCAGACCUUUUGCUCCAUGGAGGUGCUCACUUAGAUGUGGAUGAGGAGCUCAAAUCACUCCCAGGUACAGGGUGUUCUGUCCCCACCACUUCCCUACCCCAUUCUCUGCCAUGAUGUCCCACGGCUGCCCUUGUGGUGUCCAAGCUGGAGCUGGUGGGUACAGCCCUACUGGUACUGAGAUAUGGCUGAGCCCUGGAGAAGGGUGUGCUGGAGGCAUUGACAGCUUUAGUCCAGCUCUCAGGGGGAGCCAUGGGAUGGGGAUGGCCCUUUCCUGAAGGCUGAGCUGGCCCUGGUCCCCCCCAGCAGUGGGAUGGGCACGCCUGCCUUGUCUCUGCAUCCCUUUUUGCUUCUGUUUUGCUGGGGCAUUUAUGCUGACCCUGCUUUCCUGCUUAGACAGUCACAUGCUUUUCUGAAAGCAUCUUUUGUGGUUUUGUUUCGUUUUGUUUUUUCCUUGUGUACUCUUGUCAUUAAUAUCUGUCAUGUUGUAACCAAGAGCAGGAUGAAGGGCAGAGACACCCCCCAGGCUUCACCUAGGAACAGAAAAUGUUAUUAUGCAUGUUGAAGUGUUACUGACCCUGUAUGCAGAUCCCUGUUGAACCCUCGUUUGGAAAGCUUUGAUGCAGGCAAAUCAGAGUUUGUGUGUUUGCUAUUCUGAGAAGCUUGGAGCAGUCUCUAGAAGGAAGUGUCCUAAAACCUCAGCCCCCUCUGUAUUUCCUAUGGCUUUAUAGAAUAAACCGUUCUGGUGACA